GUGUGUGUGUGUGUGUGUGUGUGUGUGUGUGUGUGUGUACCGGAAAAAGUGUUCUGUCUGUAUUGGAGGGGGUCCUGAAACGUCACAUCCAAGGACGCUGGAAGGAGGUUGUAAACUGCGCAAUGCAGAAAGGGAACAGCCGGCGGUGCCUUCACUGAUCAUUGGAACACAGACCUUCACUGCUGAUUACAAUCUCAAAUAUUACUUUUGAGUCUCCCGAAGGGAAACAUUGUAACAAUGAAGCGCGGAAUCUGUGGACUUUUUCACUUUUUAAUAACGUUUCCUCUCGUCGGUGGAACACCAUUCCAACAUAACAUGUUCCAGGGGAGAUCAUAUUCUGGCUCUGGAACGCGCCAAAGAAAUAAAAACUGGUGCGCCUACGUUGUGCACAAGAACGUGAGCUGUUCCGUCGUGGGAGGCACGGAGAGUUUCGUGCAGCCCGAACUUUUGCCGUGUCCUCCGGAGCUGCCAAACUGUGAGCAACAAGUGAUAUAUCGGACACAGUUCAGGCCCAUGUAUAAGAUUGCAUACAAGACUUUAACAGAGCUGGAGUGGAGGUGCUGCCCGGGUUACCAGGGCCAUGACUGCAUGGAGGUGAAGGAUCUGAAGCGGCUCCAAGUAGAGCGUAUGCCUCCUUCCCCCUUUGCCUCUGGACAUAUUCCAGUCCCAGAAGAUCAGCGGACAGAGAAUCAGGGGAACCAUCCAUGGGGAGGGGAGGGGCAGUUUGGAGGUCAGACAGGUCAAAGGCCACAGUCGGGUCGUGGAGGAUCUCAAAGCGAGCAACACCUGGAGGAGGAGGUGCAGCGGCUAUCCCAGAUGGUCCUCGACAUGCAGGCAAGAAUGACUGACAUGUCUUCCAAUCUGAGACUGGAUUUUCAAGAGGACGCCAGUAAAAUGCUGGCUACGCUUCUGAAUAACUUCAGACAGCCCUCCAGCGCGAGAGGGGCAGAGAGCCACAUCGCUCAGGUGCAGGACUUCUCUUUUGGGAGUGAGACAACGCAGAUGGACGAGGUCAUGAACAAGAUCAGCCAGGUCACAGACGAUCUGGAGUCCAAGAGCAAUGCCCUGGACAACCUGCUGGGUCGCGUCAACAGCCAUGACGGACAGAUUCAUCUGUUAAUGGAGGCUGCCCAGAACCAGCUGCCCACACCCGCUCCUGCUCCUCCAACCAGUGGUGCAGACCUGCGGGCCUACCUGGACGAGAAGAUCAGCGCUCUGAGAGAGGAGUUAAUGGAAGGCAUGGACAUCAAAAUAGCAGACAUGAAGAACGCCUGCGACUAUAAAAUCACAUCGGUUCAGGAGCAGUGUGAGGGAACGGAAACAAACUAUCUCAGCCUGGCCGAGCUCAUGGAGUCAAAGGAAGCUGACCUCCGGAAGGAGAUCCAGGACAUUAAGACCCAGCUUAUUGGUCCAGGAAAUGCAGACACUGGUCUUGUGGACAUCCAUCUGAACUCAUCUGAGAAAACUUCAGCGUCCCAAUGUCUUUCCGUUGAGGUGAAGCUGAAGCAAGAACAGGCAGAGGCCAUCAAAGACCUGAGGGACACUCUGGAGGAUAAGCUUUUCUCCAUGGAAGAAAGACUCACCACCAUGUUGGCAAAUACCAGCACCAACUCUCCAUCUGGGGGUCUUUUAAAUGUUGUAGAAAACAUUCAACAAGACUUCCAGAGCUGCAGAACUGCUGUAGAUGCUGUGGAAUCAAGUCUAAAGGCUCACAUCGGUGGAGCCAUGGAGGGCCAACUCCCCAACUCCAGCACCAGCAUUGAGCACGUCCACAGCGAGUUAAGCUAUCUUAAAGGACGUGUAGGGAUUUUGGAGGACUCUCUAUCAGAUGUAGUCAACCAGCAGUUUCAAGCGUCUCUGAUCCUCAACUCCACCUGGGGUCAAGUAAAAACAGGGGCUGAGCAGGAGGCCAAGGACCUCCUGGAGCAGCAUCAAGAGCUGAGAACCCAUCUAGACGAGCUUCGCAGGGAGGUGAACGCUGGGGCCGACCACUGCAAGGGACAAACUGAAGAUGUCGGGCAGGAGAUGGCACGCAUUGACAGCCGCAUUGUUAGUGUGGAGGGUUUAUGUAGCAAGCUGGAUCCCAUCUCCUCUAGCCUCCAGAGGAUCAAAGAGGCCCUGAAUAAACACGUCACUGGGUUGUGGACUUGUGUCAAACAUCUGAAUGGUACGGUCAGCGCUCAUGCCCGAGAUAUUGGAGGACUGAGGGGAACCUGUGAGAACAUCCAGAAUCAAAUCUCUAAUGCAGCCACGGACCUACAGGUGCUAACCAACAGCAAUACUGGGAAGACAGGUAUUCAUGUUUCAGUGGAGGACCAUGGGCUUCCCCAGGGUGCAGGUAAGAGCCUCACAGGGCCGCUGGAGCCCCCUGUGAUGGAGACCGGGGAGGCGGGACCUCCAGGGAAGAUGACCUCGUCCAAGCUGCCCAAGGGAACGGACGGCAGCAUGAUGCCUGUCCUGGGCUUCGCUGGCGCUCCAGCCCCCCCUGACCCCAUUAAGACAAGAAAACCACUCAUCUUAGAUGUUAACAUGCCACGCCAGAAACCUGCCUCUGCUUCAGAUGAGAGGGCGUCGUUCUCCGCCGGGCUGACUCUGCAGCCGUUCCAGGGAGAGAAGGGGAUCAUUAGAUUCGACAAGGUGCUGCUCAAUGAUGGUGGACACUAUGACGCUCACACAGGAAUCUUCACAGCGCCCACUGACGGCCGCUACCUGGUGACGGCCGUGCUGGCGGCGCAGCGAGGGGAGAGGGUGGAGGCGGUCCUCUCCGUGUCCAACCGCAGCGUCCAGAAGUUAGACUCCACCGGCUUCCUGUCCGGAGCAGCUUCACCUCUGUCACAUGACCAGUGUCCCUGCAGCAGCUCCACCUCCCUGAGCCUGGUGCUGCCGCUGAGGAGAGGAGACCGAGCGGGAGUCAUCAUGACGGCGGGGAAACUCGCCAUCUCCGCUUCCUCUGAGAUCCUGUCAUCUUUCAGCGCCACGCUGCUUCACCCCAGCAGCCCCUCCAAACGGUAGCCAUGCCUUAUUUAAAGACACCUCAUCAUAUCAUGGACGUAUUAAGGCUAAUGGUGAUUUUCUAUUAUCAGGGAGGGAAAGACACUCUAAAAGAGGUUAAAAAUAGUCUCAAUAAAUGAGAUUAUUUCUAUCCUAAGUACUAAUAUAUAGAGCAUUUACACUGCAUUUUUUUGUUAUAUUUGUUUCUUUCUAACACAUUUUAUUGCCGUCCACCGCAGUUUCUUAAUAUUUAAAAACAUGUAAAAAUGAAAUUCCCGUUGAUCAGAUUUGUUCAUACUUACUUAGGAAAUCUAUUAAAGUGUUUGUUCUCAGAAACAACCUAUAACAUCCUAAACUAAGCUAAGAUUGUCAAAAAUGUGCAAAAAGGCUUUUUUCUUCAAAUAUAGCUUGUGCUUUUAUUAGAGCACUGUCAUUUAAUUUAACAUUUAAUACAGCGUUCACAAUAUACACUACUUUAAAUAACUGUCAAAGCAAACUGUUGAAUGUAUUUGUCCACUUGUUUUUCUUCAAAACAGUCAUUUAAAACAUUCUUUGUGCUCUCAUUGUUACAUCAUCUCCAGAAAACACAUCAGCAGAGGUUUCUACCCUGAAACGUGAGCUACGUCUCCACAAAAUCAGAUAUACAGUAUAGUGUGUGUUCUCUUCACACAGAGUUCUUCACUUUCAUAGAAAGAAAACGUCACCUUUCAGCUGUUACUGAGCGUGAAAAGGAUCAAAACAAAAAGAGGCAUAACAUUAAUAUACUGCAGGUUUACCAUGGCAACGUCACACAGCAGCAGAUUAGUUAAUAAUUAUCUAAUUCAAUCUGGGCUUUGCAAAUAUACUUCAUACCAAUAUAUCAGCGUCUACAGUUCAUAAAGACUUCCUUUUUUCAAUUACAGCAAUGCAAUUAUUAACUAAGUCAUUAGUUGCGUUGUGCAAAGUUAGUAAGCAGAGAUAUAAGGCCACUAAAGAGUGAGUAAGGCCUUACAAGGGAUGCAAAUAUAGCUGCUAUAAAUAUAACCGUGGAUGUUUUAUGAUCGCCCUCAAGUCAUGGAAAGAGAGAAAUACAAUCAGUAUUUGUUUCAUACUGAACAGUGGCCAGUUUAAACACCUCCACUGCCAAAAUCAGUGCUUCGGUAAUAUCUACCUACACUAACAAAAACCGAUUUGAAUGGCGAGACUCAUGUUUUGGCUUUUGUAUGCGCCAAAAGCCUCAAAUACACCUCUUAAUUUAGAUGUGAUGUAUAAACGUGGAGUACAUUCAUAUCCCAAACUCUUUCACUAAAGUGGAAUGUGACAAUAUCAAGCUAUUCCAGAAUUUCUUAUAUUAGAAGCCAUUCCUCUUCAUUUCAAAUAUGAACCCCAGAUUGAGUCAAAGCAGCUCCUCUAAACACACCUCGGCGACGGGCUGCCUCCAGAAGCAGAAGGAGCUGAACUCGGGGCAGCUGAAGGUGGCGCUGUGCUGGGAGCUGCGUAGAGGGAACACGUGCUCCACCAGCUCGCUCAGACGGCUGUAUCUGGGAAAUGAAAAACAGCGAUGGGAACAGUAAGCGUUUGUCUGAGAGACACAAACAAACUCCAUUGAUGCCUCCGUACUCACGAUGUUUUAUUGCCUUUUGCUUGCUCCAGGAUUAGCUCUCCUUUGGGAUUCACUGUGAAUAUCCGACACACGGGCACGCCCACUUGCUUGUAGGCAAACACGUCCUUCAAUACAGGAGAAAGAGACAAUAAGUCUGAACAUAAAAUACCUGAAGAAGUGAAGAUAAAACCCCUAACUUGAAAUGAUACAACAACCAUGUUACACUUACACUUUCUCUGUUUCCAAAGGCUGCGUAGAAGGGAUGUGUGUUUGGGAGGAACAGGUUCUUGAUGUCUGUGAGGCAUUGGAUCUUGAACUUUUCCGGCUUUUUUUCUAUGACCUCUCUAUCAAAAGAAUACAAAAUAAAUAAAGAUGAAAUGUCACUGCUGACGUUACAGAAACACAGAAAACUCAUUUAUCACAGUUCAUAGUCUAAACGUUUUCAAAAUGAACAUAAAAACGGUGUAAAUACAUUAAAUUCUGACAUG